AGAGGCAGUAGAUCGUCAACGUACGCAAUUUCGAACAGAACCGAUUUUUCCCGAGUAAGUGUUCAGUACGGGUGCGGUUUUUAUUAAAGUUGACCAAUCAAAAACAAAGUUCGUCAUCGUAAUUUUUGUUAAUUUUUUUCCAAGGUUAAAGGUUAAAGAAUGACCACCAGCUACACAGAUAUAUGUGAGAACACAAAGUUGGCAAGAGAGAACGCACUGUUUGGUAGCUAUGACACGUCACUCGUCUAUUACCAGGGCGUGCUUCAGCAAAUUCAGAAACUACUUGUAACUAUAAAAGAUGCUCCAAGAAGAAAUAAAUGGCAACAGGUAAGGUCGGAGAUCAACACUGAAUAUGAACAAGUGAAGGACAUACAGAAUACACUAGCCAGCUUUAAAACAGACGGUAGAUCAGGAUUUUCUCAACACGACUAUGGUUCACCAUUUGACGACUAUUCCAGACAUGAAGAACCUACCCGUGACCCAGAUGUCUGGCCACCUCCAACACCUGUUGAAAAUAGACCAUCACCAAAUAUAAGAGGUGGUGUACAGCGACCGGCACCAAAGAAGUAUGAGCCAAGCAACAGAUACAGGUCAAAACCAAGCGGUAAUACACCAGAUGACAGAAGGGGGAGGUAUGGUGGUGGUGGUGGUGGUGGCCGACCUGCAGAUAGGGGCAGGGAUAAUAAAGGAAAGGAAAAGAAAGUGGAGGAUGGUGAUGAGAAAAAGUUUGAUCCGGCCGGACAUGAUAAAGGUUUGGUUGAGAAUUUAGAGAGGGAUAUUGUACAGAAAAAUCCCAAUGUACACUGGGAUGAUAUAGCAGAUCUGGUGGAAGCAAAGAAACUGCUACAAGAAGCUGUUGUCCUUCCUCUCAUCAUCCCAGAUUUCUUCAAGGGUAUACGUAGACCUUGGAAGGGCGUAUGUAUGAUAGGACCACCAGGUACAGGAAAGACAAUGUUAGCAAAAGGGGUCGCCACUGAGUGUGGAACUACUUUCUUUAAUUGUUCUGCUGCAAGUCUUACAUCAAAAUACCGAGGUGAAUCUGAAAAAAUGGUCUGUUUGCUGUUCGAAAUGGCACGAUUCUAUGCUCCCAGUACAAUCUUCAUAGAUGAAAUAGACUCAAUUUGCUCCAAAAGAGGCUCUGGUUCCGAACAUGAAGCCAGCAGACGUGUCAAGUCAGAACUUCUCAUACAAAUGGAUGGUGUAGCAGGAGCAUGUGCUGGUGAAGAUUCUUCCAAGAUUGUCAUGGUGUUAGCGGCCACCAACUUCCCAUGGGACUUGGAUGAAGCCUUGCGUAGACGUCUGGAAAAGAGAAUCUACAUUCCACUUCCUACAGUUGAAGGAAGGGUGGAACUGUUGAAAAUCAAUUUGAAAGAAGUGCCACUUGCCAGUGAUGUAGAUCUGAUGGAGGUUGCCAAGGUUUUAGAUGGUUACUCUGGAGCUGAUAUAACCAAUGUCUGCAGGGAUGCUGCUAUGAUGUCAUUCAGACGUAGAAUUAAGGGUCUGACCCCUGAUGAGAUCAAGCGUAUUCCCAAGGAAGAGUUAAAUAUGCCGACAUCUAUGGAAGAUUUCCUGGAAGCCAAGAAAAAAGUGAACAAAAGUGUGUCGAAAGAUGACCUGAAAAAGUAUGAGGAGUGGAUGACGGAAUUUGGUUCUGUGUGAAUAUGGACUAUCAGUUAUAAUGUGUUGAUACAAAGACUUAUGAUAAAUUUACCUAUUAACUUGUAUCUCCAGAGUAUGUAUCAGUGCAUGUUACCUGUAGCUUUCUAGUAAAGGAAAAAUUUUCAAAAGCUGUCCUGAGACAUAAAAAUGUCUGUCUUAAUAUCAGACUCCUUGACUAAACAAUUUUGUUUUUAGAAAAUUGUAUCCAACUGGACUCAAAACCAUAAAUUUUAUGUACCCAAUAUUUUGUCAAAAGUACCAACUUCAUUUGUUGCAAGCAGCUAUUUCUUAACCAUAUUUGGCCAGUUUUCAAAAGAAUUUUUGAUGAUGUGGAAAAAAUAAUACAUCAAAAGUUGUGUUGUCUAAAACAGGCCUAGAAUCCUUAAGUUUAAUGGAUAUCGACAGUACGCUAUUUCUCAUGAGAAAUUUGCAAAAUUCAGAUACUUUGAUAAUACAAGACGCUUAUUUAAGGUCAUUGAUCUCCGUCACUGAUGCAUUUUGGAAAGGUGUCAUUUAUUUGCUGAAAAUUAAGUAGUACUGGAACUUUAAAAACUUUGUAUGUUGACUUUUAACUGAAAAACAUGGAAAACUGUUAGAUCUAACAGUAAAAUCUUUUAUUGAGCAACUAUUUUGAGAACUGAACAUAUUUUUACAUGUUUUAUGAAUUUGUUUGGAGCUUACGAACAGGGGCCAUUAUAUACUGGAAAGUUAUAUUUCAAGACCCAGUUACUGUUUUUCAAGAUAUGAUGAAGAUAAAUUCCUGUUACCUAAUGAAUUAUUCCUUUGUCUGAAAAUUUCUCUUACACACUGAAUCUUUAAUGCUAGUUUUCUGUGAUAUUUUCAUUUAUACAUGUUUUAUUUAUGUGUCUUGAUCACAAAUAUUAUCUAAAUGCAACAUUAAGUCUGUUUCAUUUUGUGAUUUGAAUUUGAAUAAAUGAAGCAAAAAGAAA